CCCCUAGCAUUCUGCAAAAGAGAGUGUAGUAGGAGAAAUGAAGAAGAAGAAAGGAAAUGGAUCUAAACCUUCCUUAAGCUGUUUGAUGUCUUCUAUAUACGAUUCGCUCCACGAGUUGCCUCAACUCGAUCACAUCGAUUCUGAGAAUAUCACAGGGCUUAUAGCGAUCGUUGCGUCAUUUCAGUCGCUAGAGCUUCAGUUACAAGCUAUGAAAGACUUAUUGCGUCAAAGGAAAGAAGCUAUUCCCAAGGGCAAGAUCUCUUCGUUUUUCUAUCUCCCUACUCUGUUGGAAAUUAAGUUGUACAAACAUGAAGUUCACGCUAUUCAAGGACCAAUUUCGUAUUUUUCUGAGGGUUACACUAACAUGGCAAGGACGUUGUAUCCAGAGUUGUUUUCAGAUGAUACAAAUACAUGUUUGAUCCAAGAAGAUGCCAACAACGGAAUUAGUCUUGAGGUGGCGGUGGUUCUCUCCUCAAGCCCAACCGAGGAGAUACUACAGAACAACCAACUUCCAAAUGAACCGGAACCGUUGAGGCGUGAAAGCAAGACAGACAGCAAUUGAAUUUCUCCGGCGACUAUGAACCUUUUCAUCGUCGUUUCCGCCGCCGUCUUUCUCCUUAUCUCCGUCGCGUAUCUUCCUUUGCUCAACGACUUAUAUUGGUCAACUCUCAAGUCUCUUACACCACCGGCUGCUAUCGUGGCUGAUUUGCUAGUGAGAAAUGGAACAAUCUUCACCAGCGAUACUUCUUUACCAUUUGCAGAUUCCAUGGCGAUUCGUAAUGGCAGGAUUCUUAAAGUUGGAAGCUUUGCCACUCUCAAGGAUUUUAUAGGAGAUGGAACAAUGGAGGUGAAUCUGGAGGGGAAGAUUGUAGUGCCUGGAUUUAUUGAUUCACAUGUUCAUUUGAUAUCUGGGGGAUUACAGAUGGCCCAAGUUGGACUCCGUGGAGUGAGUCAAAAAGAUGAGUUUUGUAAAAUGGUGAAGGACGCAGUGCAGAUUGCAAAAGAAGGCUCAUGGAUUUUGGGAGGUGGCUGGAACAAUGAUUUCUGGGGAGGAGAAUUGCCCUCUGCAUCAUGGAUUGAUGAAAUCUCUCCUCAUAAUCCUGUUUGGUUGAUUAGGAUGGAUGGUCAUAUGGCAUUGGCAAAUUCCCUUGCGCUUAGGAUUGCUGGUGUUACGAGUUUAACGGAAGAUCCAGUUGGUGGAACGAUAAUGAGGAUGCCUAGUGGCGAGCCGACAGGUCUUUUGAUCGAUGCUGCUAUGGAGCUUGUCACUCCCUGGGUUAAAGAAAUCUCAGUGGAUGAACGUAGGGAAGCACUAUUUAGAGCUAGCAAAUAUGCUUUGACUAGAGGCGUGACAACUGUUGUUGAUCUUGGAAGAUACUUUCCUGGCACUACAGAUGAGCUCUCCUGGAAAGACUUUCAAGAUGUCUAUCUAUAUGCUGACUCCUCGAAGAAGAUGAUGAUACGGACUUGCUUGUUUUUUCCCAUCACAACAUGGUCACGUUUAUCGGAUCUUAAGCUUCAGAAGGGAUCUGUACUGAGUGAAUGGUUGUAUCUCGGUGGCGUCAAAGCAUUUAUUGAUGGCUCUCUAGGUUCCAACAGUGCACUUUUUUACGAGGAAUAUAUUGAUUCACCUGAUAAUUAUGGGUUAGAAGUGAUGGAUCCUGAGAAACUUUCCAACUUCACAAUGGCAGCAGACAAAUCAGGGCUUCAGGUUGCUAUCCAUGCUAUAGGCGACAAAGCAAAUGACUUGAUCCUUGACAUGUACGAAUCCGUUGCUGUAGCCAAUGGAGACCGGGAUAGAAGAUUUAGGAUAGAGCAUGCCCAACAUUUGGCCCCAGGAUCAGCCAACCGGUUUGGUCAACUUCAUAUUGUAGCUUCAGUUCAGCCAGAUCAUUUGCUUGAUGAUGCUGAUUCUGUUGCUAAGAAGCUCGGUUCUGAGAGAGCCGAAAAGGAGUCUUAUCUAUUCCAAUCUCUCUUAAACGGCAAUGCACUCUUGGCACUUGGUUCAGACUGGCCUGUUGCAGACAUUAACCCGUUGCAUAGUAUCAGAACCGCGGUUAAAAGAAUACCUCCCAAGUGGGAUCACGCUUGGAUUCCAUCUGAACGCAUCUCUUUUACCGAUGCGCUGAUUGCGCAGACGAUAUCAGCGGCACGAGCAGCGUUUCUGGAUCAUCACUUGGGGUCUUUAUCUCCAGGAAAGCUCGCAGAUUUUGUCAUACUGUCAACAAAUUCUUGGGAUGAGUUCUCAAAAGACGUCUCUGCUUCAGUUUUAGCAACCUAUGUAGGAGGAAAACAAUUGUAUCCAUGAAUCAUUAUGAUAAGUCAUGAAGUCUUAUCUAAUUAAUUAUUUUGUUCCCG